AGGAAGUACAGUACUUACAUUGACCCAUGGAUAAGUCAACUCAGGUUUUUAGGUCAAUUUUUGACUAAAAUUUCUAGACUCAUACGUGAGUAUAUACAGUAAUUAUGAAUAAUGGUUAAGUAUACUUAGUAAGGGACACGGUGGCUUAGCGGUUAAGACACUGGCUCAUGACAAGCGCAUGAUUGGCAGUUCUAGGCCCAAGCACCACAUAACGGAAUGAGCUUCUGUCACUAGUCCCAGCUUCUGCCAACCUAGCAGUUCAAAAGCAUGUAAAAGUGCAAGUAGAUAGAUAGGUACCACUCUGGUGAGAAGGUAAUAGUGUUCCGUGUACUUUGGCAUUUAGUCACUAUUGUAAAAGAGUACAGUGGACCCUUGGAAUUCACUGGGGUUUGGUUCCCAGACCAUCUGUGGAUGAGAAAUGGGCUAAGUAUCAUUGGAAGGCAUGUAUGACUGUCGGUUUCUUUUCAGUAACAUCUGAAAUCACAGACUUCAGGCUUAAAGAAGAAGGACACAUACGUCAAAUAAACGUAUUUGAAAGGCAUUCGCUCCACCCCACACAAAUGGCAGGCUUAAACAUUUUCAAGCAGAACUUUAAGCCGCUUUGCUGGUUUGUGAUGUCAGUAUUCUAGAACGUUUUUUGCCAAGUUUUUCAGUAUGAUGCAGUGACUCCCAAUUGGAAAUGGCCAUAGAUCACAGCACUUGCGUUCUGUUGUUGAAGAGCCAUGUUGGAUGUGAGCAUAUUAAAAACUCCAGCUGUCAUAAUUGACAAUGGAUCUGGGUCUUGCAAAGCAGGGAUCUCCGGCGAGUCUCAACCACAGUCGGUUAUCUCAUCACUUGUUGGCUGCCAGAGAGUAGAAGAAUACUGUACUGGUAAAGAAGCCCUGAGGAAGAAAGACAAUGUACUGAACUAUCCUGUUGAGCGUGGCAUAAUUUCUUGUUGGGAUAACAUGGAGAAGCUAUGGAACCAUAUAUAUAAAUAUGAGCUUAAAGUAAAAUCCAGUACAAGUCCUUUGCUUCUCUCUGAACCACCACUAAAUCCACUCCGGAAUCGCGAGAUAAUCACAGAGCUGAUGUUUGAACACUUUAAGGUUCCCGCUUUGUACCUCUCCAUUCAAGCUACUUUGGCUCUUUAUGCGUCGGCGCGCACCACUGGACUGGUGAUGGACAGCGGACAUGGAGUCACUCACACUGUCCCCAUCUAUGAUGGAUAUUGUCUUCCUCAUGGGGUGCUCAGACUUGAUGUUGCAGGGAAGGAUAUCACAGAAUACCUCUCCAGGCUUUUAGAAAACAGCCGUUUUUCUUCUUCUACAAGAAGAGCAAACAAAGCCAUAGCAAAGAACGUAAAAGAAAAAUUCUGCUAUGUGGCUUUGGAUCCCAAGGUUGAAGCAAAGAAGAAAGCAGAAGAAGUCCUGAAGCUGCCAGAUGGGAAAACGGUCAAAAUCAAUUUCUGCAGAGCCCCAGAAAUCCUUUUCGUGCCAAAGACCAUUGGCAUUGAGAUGCCAGGCAUUCAUGCUAUGAUCAUCAAGAGCAUUAGAAAAUGUGAUAAGGAUAUUUCUGGCUCCCUAUAUGGCAAUGUGGUCCUCUCUGGGGGAUCAUCUCUUUUCCAGGGCCUAGAUGGAAGAAUUUUUAAAGAAAUAGAACAGCAUGUUCCAAAGGAUGUUCCAAUUCGAAUCAUAGCGCCUCCAGAAAGAUCCUGUGCUGCCUGGCUAGGAGCAUCUAUUGUUACUCACUUGGACUCCUUUAAACAAAUGUGGUUUACCUUUGAGGACUACAAAGAAUUUGGCGUAGCCGGCAUCCACCGGAAGUGCUUUUAAGAAGCUUGAAAUCGCAGCCAAAUUAAACUCUGCUGAUGAGAAAGUAUGAAAUGUGCAUACUGAACUUACUAAUAGUAAUUUUACAAAGUGGUUUGUGAGAUUGUAACUUGAAUAAAGGCACAAAAGGUGGUCAGUUCAGCAGGUCAUUAUAUAUGUGUUGACAGAUG